UGCUAGCAUGGCUGCGUAAAGGUUACACAGCUACUGUCACACUAGUUGUAUAACAGUGGAAGAAACGAGUGAGCGACAUUAACAAGGUAUACCGCUGUAACGCUGUGACUACAUUGGAACAACACAUUGUGUAAGUGAAACAGCUUCCAGAGACUUUGAACUGAGCAGCUCAACUAUAAAGUGGAUAUUGUCAGCCUGAAUACAACAAGAUGGCUCAUGAAGUGGCUGACCUCCCCAGUGGCCCCCUGGAUGUGUACAGGAAGAAAUCCUCUUUCAACUGGAAGGACAUGCUCUUCUUCUUGGAGGGAGAGGAGAUUUUGGCAUUCAAGCACAAUUUGUGGAAGACACUUGAGGACGACCCCCUGUUUGCACGCCUUCCUGGUGAAGAUGUCUCUAUGGAGAAAAUGAGAGAGCUGACCUUCCUGAGGGUGAAGCAGCUCUUUCGAUACAACUUCCUGACAGAAGAAGAGACGAUGUCUAACCCCUGGAAGACUGUGGCUCUCAAUGAUUGUCUGGGCAUGUAUGACUGGGCCAUGGGGGCCAAGUACUUUCUCAACCAAGGGAUGUUUGGAAUGACUGUUGCUGGCUCAGGAUCAAAGAGACACAGCAAAUUUGUUGAAAGCACAAAAGACAUGACGACAUUUGGAUGCUUUGCACUGACGGAGCUGAGCCAUGGCAGCAACACCAGAGCCAUGAGGACCACAGCGACCUAUGACCCCUCCACUCAGGAGUUUGUGAUCAACUCUCCAGACUUUGAAGCUGCCAAGUUCUGGGUGGGGAAUCUUGGCAAGACGGCAACGCACGCUGUGGUGUACGCCCAGCUGUUCACGCCGGACCAGGUGUGCCAAGGGCUGCACUCCUUCGUUGUGCAGGUGAGAGAUACCAAGACCUUGCUCGCUCUGCCCGGCGUGAUGGUUGGAGAUAUGGGCAAGAAGCUGGGCCAGAACGGACUAGACAACGGGUUUGCUAUGUUUCAUAAUGUGAGGAUCCCUCGGGAGAGUCUACUGAAUAAGACUGGAGAUGUGACUCCUGAGGGCCGCUACGUUACGCCAUUCAAGGACCCCAACAAGCGUUUUGGGGAGUCUCUGGGGGCCCUGUCAGGGGGCAGGGUGACCAUCACCAGGAUGGCUCUGGUCAACCUGAAGCUAGCCCUGACUAUCGCCAUCCGCUUCUCAGCCACCCGCAGGCAGUUUGGACCCAAAGACACCGAGGAGAUCCCUGUUCUGGAGUACCAGUUACAGCAAUGGCGUCUGAUCCCCUUCCUGGCAGCAGCGUAUGCUCUUGAACACUUCACCAAAUCCACCUUCAUGAACUUUGUUGAGUUCAGGAUUGGACAGGCAAUGAGGCUGAAGGAUGACAGACAAGCAGAGAUGGGCAGGGAGAUCCACGCCAUUGGCUGCUCCAGUAAACCCCUGGGCUCCUGGACCGCUGCCAGGGGGAUCCAGGAGUGCAGGGAGGCCUGCGGGGGACAUGGAUACCUGGCCAUGAACCGGCUCGGUGAUCUGCGUAAUGACAACGACCCAAACUGCACGUACGAAGGAGACAACAACGUGUUGCUGCAACAGACCAGCAACUACCUGCUCAGCUGGCUCUAUGCCAAACAGCGUGAUGGUGUGCGUAUUGAGUCUCCUCUUCACACUGUGGAUUUCCUGGAUGAUCUCCAAAACAUCCUGCUAACCAAGUUCACAGCAAGGACCAUGGAGGAGUGCAUGGACUCUGCAGUGCCAUUGGCUGCCUAUAAGUGGCUGGUGUGUUUCCUGUUGGAGGAGAGCCAGAAGAAGCUGGAGCAGCAGAGGGCCAUGGGAAAAGAUGAUUUCGAGGCCCGUAACAACAGCCAGGUGUACUCCUCUCGUACCCUGGCGAUGGCCUACAUAGAACACAACUGCCUGCAGAGGUUCCAUGACCUGACCGUUGAUGAGGACACACCGGCUGAUCUCAGACCUGUUCUCAGCAAACUAUGUGCUCUGUACGGGCUGUGGAGUCUCAGCACCCACAUGGCCAUACUUUACCAGGGUAACUAUCUGAGUGGAAGGAAGCCCGCAGAGUUGGUCCAAACGGCCAUUCUCACUCUCUGCUCCCAGCUGAAGGAUGAUGCAGUAUCGUUGGUGGAUGUUUUCGCCCCCACUGAUUUCAUUCUCAACUCACCUAUUGGCUACGCUGACGGACAGCUCUACAAGAACCUGUGGUCCACAGUGAUGCAGGGCAACCAGGUGAUGGAGCGGCCUUCAUGGUGGAAGGAGUUCUGCUCCGACAAGCCGGUGGUCGGGUCCCUCCGUCCAAAACUCUAGAACCCAGAAACAAUCACGACUACACAACGUGUCCGAAAGCUGAAAUACAGUGUGUGUGCCUUAAAAUAAUUCCAACUGUGCACUUUGAAAUGUAAUGUCCCUGUGGACUAAUGUUUUGCCAGAACCCUACAGUGCAACACUGCACCUCAGUUAAGAUGAAAUUAUGAUUCAUUGACGUAAUUCUCAUAUACAGAGUAUUUUACAGCAUUAUUUUCCUACUAAUACAUUAUUAAUGGUAUAUUUUUUAAAUUAUUAUUGAGGAAAAGAUAUGCAAGAAGAUAUCCUUCUGGGUUCCAGUUGAAGAUAACACUUGAUGGAAACAAUGAUACAUUGAUUAAAAAUAUUAUUGACAUAUAUAUGCUUACAUUUGUGUGUCAAACAAAUGUAAUGACUUGCCAUCCCUAUCAUUUGUUCUACAUUUAAGUGUGAAUCAGACAUGUGAACUCUAUCAUCGGCACAACAGAAUAACCAAUGUUAAACAUUUUUAAAUAACAAUAUUCCAGUGUGUUAGGUACAUUUCAAAACCAUCGUUAUGGCCAUACCAAGUUUCAGUACAAGUUUUACCACAAGAGCAUUUUUUCUUUAAUCUAUGGUGCCGAUUAAGUGUCAGUAAGAUUUGCACGUGUGAAAUGUAUAGAAAUUGUAUUUGGUAAACAUGUGAUUCUGUACUUAUAUUCCCUGCAAUACCUUAUGUUUGAUAUCAUUUCUGCAAGAGUUUUAUUGCAUUUGAUUACAUUCUCAAUGUUUUCUAUGUUUUAAAUGAUUAUUUCUGAACAUCAUAUUCAAAAAUCUUACUGACCCUUAUCCUAUAAAAGUGUCUCUUAUUACAACGAAUAAGUGACCUCUAAACUGAUUCUAAGUGUGAUUUCAUACUUGAUGUAAUAUUAUGUAAUUAUGAAAUAAUUGUGUUUUUUUGUAGAUGAUGUACAAUUCUUUAUGUAAAGGAUGAUUUAAAUGUUUGCAAUACUGUGUUUUGUUGUAAAAAUAAUGCAGAAUAAAUUAUAUUACUAAUACAAA